AUGAGCAGUCACGAACAGCAGGAGGGGCCAGCUGGCGGCACGCCGCGGGAAGAUAUGAGUGAAGAAGUAGAGAACGUGGAGGGAAUGGAGGUGGAGGCAGAGGCAGAGUCAGAGGAGCCAACUGGAGGGCAGGGCGAGGAAGAGGUCGGAGAAGAAGCAGAUGAGCAGCACGAAGUGGAACCAGAGGCCGAGAACAAGGAAGAAGUAGUAGUAGAAGAAGCAAAGGAGGAGGAGAAAGUCGAAGAAGCAAAGGAAGAGCAGGAUACUGCAAGUCACGGCGAGGUGAAGGGUGAGAGCAGCUCGGAGCCGGAGGUUGUGGAGAGCCAGCACCACGAAGAAGCGCCUACCGCCGUGUUCUCAGCUGAAGCCAACGGCGCUGACGGGCAAACGCCCGCGGCGAUGGAAGCCCCGGCCAACGUCAACCCGCUCUUCGGCAACCGUCGGCUCGAGGGGCUCAUCGCCAAGCGCCCCAAGGCCGAAGAGCUCCAACAGAAGGGCCUUCUUAACCCUCAAGUAGUCAAGUCGCGGGACAGGAGCAUGACCAUUGAGGCGCUCAACUUCUUCUUCGGCGGCAGGGCCGUGCGCGCAGUGUCUGCCCGGGCGUCCGGACUGGCCCAGGACAACAACGGCGCAGGCUUUGCCGGCGCAGCUGCUGCCGCUGCCGCUGCCGCCUCGGCCUCUUCCUCCGAGGUCGUGGACGAGCAUCCGCUGGGCGAGGAAAGCAGCCCGGCGCCCGCUGCAGACAGAAACAGCAAAGACAAGGAGAAGAUGGUCGAUGAUAACCAACGCGAGGCGGAAGUGGCCGAGAUCAAGCCCCUGCGCGGGAGCGACAACAGUGGCCGGAAGAGGCUUCUCAUCGUCGUGCAGGGCACGCGUGACGACAUCCAACCCCAUAUCGCCCUAGCGGUUGGCAUGAUCGCUGCGGGAUGGGACGUGGCGAUGGCCACCCACGAGGUCUUCUCUUCGCUGGUUCAGGAGCGAAGCCAACACAUCCGCCUCUACCCGCUCAAGGGCGAUCCCGCGUCAAUCGCCAGCUCCCCUCAAUUCAUGAAAUCCUUCUACGACGGAGGUCUGCUGGGCCAGGCGCGGGUGUUGUUCGACGAAUCGAAGAAGUUUGCGGUGCCCAACUUCAAGCUGACAUGGGAGGCCGCCGCGCAGUUCGAGCCGGGUCUCAUCCUGGCCGGCAUCGCCAGCCUCUCCGAGUCGCUGGCCGUGGGCCAGAAGCUGCGGGUGCCCGUUGUGGCCGGCUGCACCGUGCCCUUCUACCCCACCUACCGGUGGUUACCCGUGGUCAGCCUUGCCAAGCCGCUCCCGCUCGGCCUCUUCAACUCGCUGGUCCACUGGGCCUCGUUCAAGGGCCUGUGGGCGUUCCUCCAGGAACCGAUCAACGCCUUCCGGGCCGAGCUCGACCUGCCCCCGCAGCCCCAUUACUACGUCGACGCCGCGCCCCUGCUGUGCCUCUUCAGCGAGGCCGUGGUGCCGCGUCCCUCGGACUGGCCGACCGAUCUACUCGAGAUUACCGGCUACUGCAACGUGCCCGGGGCCGUCGCAUACGAGCCGUCGCAGGAGCUCGAAACAUUUUUGAAUGACGGAGCGCCGCCCAUCUACAUGGGCUUCGGUCUGGUGCCGCUCAAGAACGCUGCCAAGCUGGCGCUGGACUUUUGCGUGGUGCUGGCCAGGCUCAGACGGCGCGGCGUGGUGCAGAUGUACUGGCCGGAGGACCAGGCGAGUGUCGCCGAGGCCCUCUCGAAACACGAGCACGUGAUGCUUCUCCCGCCCGACAUGCCCCAUGAAUGGCUCUUCCCGCGCUGCUCCGUCCGCUACGUGACUGCUGCUGCCUUGCGGGCCGGCGUGCCGAGCGUCAUCUACCCGCUCUUCAUGGAUCAGCCUUUCUGGGCCAGCCGCGCUGCGACGUUGGGCGUCGGCCCGCCCCAGGUGAUCCCCUUGAAGGAGCUCUCACGCACCAACCUCCAAUCCCAGAUCAUGUCCGUUUCCGACGAAGUGGUGCUCAAGCGAGCGCGAGAGCUGGCCGACACCCUGAGAGAGGAGGUGGACGGUGUGGCCAACGCAGUGGCCUGGCUCGAGCGGUACGUCGACUCGGCCAUCCACCCGCACAACUACGCCGCCCACAAGCCCUGGGGACAAGAGGGCCGCUUUGUCUGGCUGCCCGAUGACCUGCGCGGUCUGCUCAACCAUCCGCGGACUGAGUCGAAGCUCGUGUGCCACCAGUGCAACCCCUACGCCGCCAGACCCACCGUCACCGCCACCGCCACCACUGCCUCCGCCUCCGACGCUGGCAACGAGUGA